ACCUGUCAAUGUCAUCGAUAAAUCGAUUUUGACCAAAACUGUGAUGAUUUUGUGUAAAUUAUAAAUUAUUUCAAUAAAUUUAAGAACAUAGAAGCAAUGAUGACGAAAUUACCAAUAUGUGCUGUUGUAUUAAUAUCUUACUUAAGCACCACCUUCUGUGGCGCAAAUUUUGUUGAAGAAAGCAAUCCGAGCGCACGAUACAUCAUAGAGGGAGAAGUAUUCCCACCAGAAGAACUGAAGACCACAAACUGGCAAGUGGACACUAAAAUCCAUGUGAACGGCGGUGAAUACAUUGGUUUUGUGAGAAAUGACGGCACAUUCGUCGUGCACAACGUCCCGAUGGGCUCGCACGUCGUGGAGGUUAUACAUCCGGACUUCAUGUACGACCCCGUGCGCGUGGAGAUCAACUCCAAGGGCAAGUACCGCGCCAGGAAGGUGAACUACGUGCAGACCUCGCAGGUCAUCCAGGUGCCCUACCCGCUGCACUUGAAAGCCAUGUCCAAGAUCAGGUAUUUCCAGAUGAGGGAACAGUGGAGGAUGACGGACUUCCUGUUCAACCCCAUGGUCAUCAUGAUGGUACUGCCUCUGCUGCUAAUCAUGGUGCUGCCCAAGAUGAUGAACGACCCCGAGACCAAGGAAGAACUGAAGCAAAUAAGCAAUAUGACCAAAAUGGCAGAGUUACCAGAGAUGUCAGAAAUGAUCACAUCCUUGUUCAAUGGAGCCCCGAGCAAGGCCGCAGCUUCUAAGUCAACAAAGCAAAUUAAGAAGAGGCAAUAGGAGUUCUCUAAUUGUAGUCUUAGGUCAAUUGUAUUUUGUUGUAAUAUAUUUAUUUCAUAUCAUCCAAAGUUACUAUUGGUUGUUUCAUAUUUGUUGGAAGUUGCUAAUAAUAUUAAUUGACAUAAUAUGAAAUGCACAUAUGCAACCAACAUUUUGUUCUUUCAUUGUGUAAAACCUUCUACAUAAUUAUUAUGUGUAUAGGCAAAAUAGUUGAUAAGUAUCAAUAAAUUUUAGCACAUAUGGAAA